AGGGAUGUCAGUCACUUCUUUUUACUAGUGUUUUUUGCUAACACACUGAUUUCACUUUCUCUGCAGAUGUGUUAUAUUUUAGUAUUCAAAUAUCAAUUAUGAACGUGAUUGCAGCAAUUGACAUGAUAUGUUGUUCCUUUCCUUUGACAUCAGAAUCUGCUUUCAUCAUGCAAUUUCCUCUUUUCAGUUUGGUUAAGAGAAGGGGCAAAAAGUCCUGAGCUUAAGUAUCACCCAGAGGCGAUUCAGUUCUGCCUUUUCUCUUGGAGUCUCUGAGAGGAUCAGUCCAGGAAAGGCCAACUUGUUCCCCCACCUGGGGGAUAAAUUCCCUGCAACAAAAUCAUUUCUGGGUCGAGACACAGACAGAUGUACUUCUGUACUGUACUUCACUUACUCCCAAGAUGAGUGAUGAGGAGAUCACUUACACAACUGUGAAAUUCCAUAAGUCUUCAGACUUGCAGAAUCGAGAAAGGGCUGAUGAGACACAAGGGCCCAGAGAAGCUGGCCACAGGGAGUGUUCAGUCCCCUGGCACCUCAUUGCAAUACCUCUUGGAGUCCUUUGUUCCAUUCUGCUGGUGACAGUUGCAGUAUUGGUGACACACAUUUUUCAGUAUAGUCAAGAAGAACAUGAAUUGCAGAAAACUCUAAAUAAUACCCAUCAAGAGAACAGCACCAUGAAAAAUGACACGUACUUAAUGGAAGAAAUGUUGAAAAAUAAGUCUAUAGAUUAUGAUGCCCUCAAACACGAUCUGGACACACUCAACAGAACACUGAACAGAUGCUACCAGGAAACUAAAUUUGUUUUAGAUUCCAAAGAGCAUAGAGGCAAACGUGUUGAAGGACACUGGUUCUGCUGUGGCAUAAAAUGUUAUUAUUUCAUCAUGGACAAUAAACGCUGGAGUGGAUGUGCACAGACCUGCCGGGACUGCAGCUUAUCCCUUUUGAAGAUAGAUGAUGGUGAUGAACUGAAGUUCCUUCAGCUCCAAAUUAAGCCGAACACUUACUGGAUUGGGUUAUCAUAUGACACAAGAACAAAGAAAUGGCAAUGGAGUGACAAUGGCCCAUCUAAACUUAAUUUGAUGACAGUGAAAUCAAUGAAGGAAAUUGGAGGCUGUGCAUAUCUCAGGUUUACAGGUAUACAUCAUGAGGACUGUGGUAGAGCCCACCCCUGUAUCUGUGAAAAGAGAAUGGAUAAAUUCUCUCAUUCAGUGUGCAGUAAGAAGGAAAAGUAAAAAUGGAACAUUUUCUCAUCUUUGUUGGUUUCCUGGGAUGAUUUGUGUCUACUUAAUGACUGAAUGUCUUAACCACAGGACUCCAUCAGCCAAGCAAACAGGGUAAGGAAUGGCAAAGGGAAGAAAUGUUCUUCUGAAACCUGUCUUAAAACAGCAGAAGUCAUCUUACUUCUUGUGAACACAGCAGCUUAUGUCUGGCUAAUGGAUGCCAUUUGUUCCAAGCCUGCAGUAUCAUUCUCUUUGUUUCCUGGAUGACACACAGAUCCAAACACAGAACCAUAAAAAACAGCACACCCAUCUCCUUCUCAAUAGUAAGCCAUUUCUGUACUCCACUGCUCUGACUUCACAAUUAAGGACUAAGGUACAGCUGUAGGUUUCUGUUUGUUAGUUGCUUGGUUAGUGUUCAUUAUUUUUUGUAUGUAGAGAAAUUUAUUUUUAAGAAGCAUUCUUUUGCUAUAAAAUAUAUUUCUAGAUUUGAUGAAUAGUUCCUAGGCUAAUUCAAGGAACUCAUACAACCAUCCAUAGUCCAUAUGUGUUCUCAUACCCCAUUGUCUCAUUGAUUUGCUGUUAAGUUGAGACCACAUAGAUACAGUAAUAUUAUUUGAAGCCAGAUGGAUGUCUUGGCUCAAACUUAUAAUCUUAUAGGUAUAUGAGUUGUGAUGUAGCCUAAUCUACAUAAUAACUUUGAGGUUAUUGCGGGCUAGAGUGAUACUAUCUCAUUAAGCAUGAUAAUAAUGAUAAUGACAAUAAUUAAACUGUCUAUAGAUAUUUCCUAGGGACAAGCAGUUUCUUUUAUAGUAUAAUACUAAAACUAUAAAACUUGAGAAAUUUAGUAUUGACUAAGUAAUAUGCUCUAUUUCAUAACCCAUAUUCAUAUUUGUUUUCUGCAUCAUAUCACUGUCAAUAUUUCCUCAUAUUCACUAGUGUCAGUGAAUUCACUUGUAAUGUCCUUUAGAUCUAAAAUUAUUAUUGACUUAUGAUGUCUGUUUUUAGACCUUGAUAUUAAAAAAAUAAAAUUUUACCUUGUAGUAUGUUGGUAACAAAAUGUACCUACUCUAAGUCAUCAGCAAUAUGAGUUUUAAAAAUUAUGUACAUUUCUUCAAGAACCGUGUGCAGACUAUUUUUAUGUCAACUUGACACAAGGUAGAUAUAUCUGAGAGGGGAAACCUCAAUUGAGAAAGUGCAUCAAUAAGAUCUGGCUGUAGGCAAGCGUAUAGGGAAUUUUAUCAAUUAACAAUUGAUUGGGUGGACCUGGAUUAUUGUGGGUGGAGUAAUCCCUGGGCUGGUGUUCUUGGAUUCUAUAAGAAAUGAGCCUGAGCAAACCACGGGAAUCUUCCAGUAACCAGUACUCCUACAUGGUCUCUGAAUCAGCUUCUGCCUCCUGGUUCCUGCCAGGUUUUAGUGCCUGUCUUGACUUCUUUCAGUGAUGGGCUGUAAUUUGGAAUGUUAGCAAAACAAUCACUUUUCUCUCCAAGUUGUUUUAUCAUGGUGUUUCAUCACAGCAAUAGACACACUAAGAGAACAAUAAAACCCUGAGAGACAUUAUUUUUUAAUUUUCCAAAGUUCUUUUCUGCCCCUUUGACUCCCCACCUGAGCCCAGGUAAGCCGGCAUGCUCUUCUACUGUCAAUUAAUAAGGAACAUUCCAUAGUUUCAUAUACUAAAUAGAGAUUUGUGAUUAACUCCAUAUUUCUUUGCAUCUCUUACUAUUAUUACUAUCAUUAUCAUUUUUAGCUAACCCAAGCUUUUUUCACAGAUCAGUGGUUCACUGUUUUUGUUACAAAGCACUUUUCUAUUACUCAAAUGUUUCAUAGUAUUUUGGCAUUCACAUGUGAAUAGAUGAUCUGUUUUAACAAUUAAAAAAUGUUCUUAUGCUAAUUGUGCUAGUCACUGUGUGAACAUAUGUUUAAUUCUUUUUGUAUACAUCUGGAACUCUGAUACUAUAAUCUUUGUGUUAAGUACAGUUUCAUUUAACAAGAAACAUCUGGUAUGUUUCACAUGGCUUAUAUCAUCUUACUUUCUCUGCAAUAUGAGAGAGCUCCCUUUGCCCCUUCAUCUGCACCAACACUUGAUAUUAUCAAUGCUUUGGGCUUUUACUAUUGUGAUGAAUAAAGGAAUUCACAUUUCUCUAAGAACUAGUGAUAGUAACCAUCUUUUAUCAAGUGCUUAUUGGCCACUCAUAUGUUUUCCUUUUUCAAAUGUCUGUUUAUAUUUUCUCACCUUCUAUUGGAUUUGAUGUCCUCUAAUUAUAAUAUUGUAAGAGGUUUGUGUAUCAACAUAAUAUGUAUA